GAUAAGUGUUUGGAAAGCACACAGCCCUGGGCCUAGCUUGCUGCCCCGCGUUGCAAGUUAGGAUUUAAUUUCUGUAAUAUAUAUCGUUAGUCGCUUAAUAUUUAGUAUUUAAUAUUUAUGAAAGAAACACAAUGUCGAAAAUUAUAAUGAACCAACUAACUCAUCCGCAGCGCGUGCGUUUGCUUUACAAAACCAUAUUGAGGCUACAUCGAGGAAUGCCAGCAGAACUGCGCGCCUUGGGCGAUAACUAUGUCCGCGAUGAAUUCAGGCGUCACAUCAAAUGCAAUCCGAUGGAGGCGCAACUCUUCAUGACCGAAUGGGCUCGCUACGCCUCCACGAUAACACAGCAACUGGGACUGCGCGGCAAGCCGAGGGGUGAGCUGGGCGAGCAAAUGGAUCCGCAGUCGGUGGAGAUGCUCAAGGAUGACCAAGUGGUGCAGCUGUACGAACUGAUGUUGGCCGCCAAGGCACUCGAGGGCGAUACGAUAACGCCGGAUGACGUCCGUGGCCGAAAUAAAUAAAUUGACAGCUUUUAUUGUUUUAUGUUAUUA